AUGAUUGAAGAAACUAUGCCAGAUUAUGAUAUAUCAUCACAUUUUAUUUAUAGUAUAGCUAAGUUUCUUGUUAUGUUAUCACAUGAUACACUUCAUUCAAAACAACAAGCGGACAUGAACUUGAAAUACAUGGUAGGAACUUUAGCAGCAUUAGAACCAGUUGUAUAUGAUUUAUUUCUUGUUGAAACCUUACUUGAACUUGUUCGAUAUAAUAAAUAUCCUAUGGAUAUAACAACAAAAAUUGAUGCACAAAUGCUUAAAAAUGAUUUUGUAUAG